AUGACACAUGAUCCAUAUGGGACUCACGACGGCCAUAGUAUUGGUACCACAAAGGACUCAGUAGCCAAAAUGUUCCUCGGGGGAGAAUGCGGCAAGCGACUAAUACCCAAUGUUAUUGAUGAGACAGCUCACAAAACUCCCGAUCUUGAGUGCAUGUCAAUUCCACGGAGCAACAAUCCCUGCGAUGGAUGGAAACCUGUGACCUGGGCUGAGGUCGCGAACGCCGUCAACUAUGUCGCAAACAUGCUCAUUACGCAGAAUGGGCAUCCGGUGCCUGGAAAAUUCCCUACAGUGGCAUACAUCGGCUUGGAGGACCCGCGCUACCCCAUAUUCGUGGUCGGUGCCAUUAAGGCCGGCUACCAGGCCCUGCUUAUUUCUCCUCGCAACUCCAUCGAGGCGCAACUGAACCUGUUCGACAAGACAGAUUGCAACAUAAUAUAUCAUGAACUGCAGUUUGUGUCAAUGGUGCAGCCGUGGGUGGAUGCCAGGCAGGGGAUGAGGAGUGUAGCUAUAGCGCCAUUCGAGGAGUGGGUUGUUGAUGGAGUGACACCGGUCUUGUAUACUAAGCCAUUCUCUGAGGCAGAAUGGCACCCCUACGUGGUACUGCACACAAGUGGCAGUACCGGCCUUCCUAAAGCAGUAGUCCUGCGGCAGGGUAUGGUUGCUCAGAAUGAUCUUCAUCGUUACGUCCCGUCGCUCAAUGGCACUUUGCCUUGGCUUCCGACAUGGACCAGCUCUCCUAAUCCGCGCCACCUGCUCGUCAUGCCCUUGUUUCACGCUGCAGGCAUCAUGCUCUCAACCUUGUGUGCCUUCUACUAUAACGCGCCGAUCGCAUUCCGAGACCCCUCUUGUCCUAUAACAGGCGAUAAUGUGGUCAAGUGGCUGCAAAACAGUAACGCGGGGUGGACGGCUAUACCGCCCGCCAUCCUAGACCAUAUGUCUUACUCGGAGGAGGCACUCAACGAGCUUAGAAAACUCCAUGUCGUGGCCUUUGGGGGAGGCGCUAUUACCCCCGAGACGGCUCAUCGACUGGCACACUAUGGUAUUAAGACGGCGAACGCCAUCGCAGCUACUGAGUUUUCUUUCUUUCCUUACUACUCUCAACCGGAACCCGCCAUGUGGCCGUGGUUCAUCAUUCCAAGUGAUAUAAUGGGUAUCAAAUGGCGAUUGGUUGGCGACGAUACGUACGAGCAAGUCAUAGUGCGCAAGGACAAACACCCGGGGCUACAGGGUUGCUUCUAUACCUUUCCCCAGCUGGACGAGUUCAGCACCAAAGACCUGUACCGGCCACACCCGACCCUGGCAGACCACUGGACAUACGUGGGACGGGCCGACGACAUCAUUGUCUUCUCCACGGGAGAAAAGCUCAAUCCCGUGUCUAUUGAAGGCGCCAUCAUGGGGCACCCAGCGGUGUUCAGCGCGCAGGUUGUUGGUAGUAAGCAAUUUCAUGCUGGGCUAAUGAUCGAGCCUGUUCAGUAUCCCAAAAAUGAGAAGGAAAGGCAACUCUUUCUUGAUGAUAUUUGGCCAACUAUUGAGAAGGUUAAUGGUGAAACGGUUGCACACGGCCGUAUCCUACGCGAUUAUGUGUUUUUGUCGGAUCCGCAGCGCCCAUUUCCUCGUGCAGGGAAAGGUAGUAUUCAACGCUCUAUGGUGGAAAGAUUAUACGCAGAAGACAUUGAAGUAUUCUUUCACAACAGAGACAAUUUGGUUGUGGCUGUGGACCUUGAUGUCACUUCUGAGACGACAGUUUUGGGUUCUGUUUGCGACUUGGUUCGGAGCAUGCUCAAACUCCCUGAAUUGGACACAGACGAUGAUUUCUUUACCGCUGGCAUGGAUUCGCUGCAAGCAAUCCAACUCUCUCGUGCGUUGCUUGUCGCCCUAGAGAAAGCGGGUGUUAAAUCCAGCGAGCAGACGGUGGAAUCGAGGAUUAUCUAUGCCCAUCCAACGAUCACACAACUAGCGGCGUAUGUCUUCUCCCUGGCCUGCGCAAAUUGCAGACAGAGCGGCCCAACCAGUAAUCCAGGCGUGAUGGCAGAUGAAACAGCUAUUUGCAGUGCACUCGUCGACAAAUACACUCAUGACCUUCCAGCUGCAGUACCGAAUAAGCCGGCUCCGGCCGACAAGAGACAAGUCAUCAUUAUCACAGGCACAACGGGUGCAUUGGGAUCGUACUUGCUGGACUUUACUUUAAAAUGUCCCAAUGUUAGCAAGGUAAUCUGUUUCAACCGUUCUGUGAAUGGCUUAGAACGCCAGAUUGAGGCGAGUACAUCCCGGGGCUUAUCGACUGAUUUCUCCCAGGCCGAGUUCCUGCAGGUAAAUCUUGCGGAACCAGGCUUGGGCCUUGCCCCCGAGGUAAAAAGUCGACUUGCCGACGAGGUGGAUCGCGUGAUCCACAACGCCUGGCCUGUCAACUUUAACAUGUCCGUGGCGUCGUUUGAGCCGCACAUCCGCGGGGUACGUCACCUUGUCAAUUUCAGCGCACAAGCUGCCCGCAAAACUGUUCCCGUGACUUUUAUUUCAUCAAUUGGAACCGUGGAAAGAUGGGAUAACCCCGAAGUACCUGUACCUGAGACAGCGCUACCAGAUUGGUCCCUCGCAACGAUGGGGUACAGCCAGUCCAAGCUCGCAAGCAGCACGAUCCUCGACAAAGCUGCAAAGGUUUCAGGCGUGCCUAGUGUCAUAGUACGGGUUGGUCAAGUUGCGGGCCCACGCAGCGAGAAAGGCAAAUGGAAUCCGCAAGAGUGGCUUCCAAGUUUAGUUCGGAGUUCCGUUCACCUAGGUCUCCUGCCUGACUCCCUUGGCACAUUUGAUCAUGUGGGCUGGGCACCAGUGGAGGACAUCGCAAAUGUGGUACUGGAGAUUUCGCGUGUGACAUCUCUUUGGUCAGUAGAAGAGAUUAGCGGGUACUUCCAUGCACUCAACCCAAAGGCUACCAACUGGUCUAGCCUCAUACCCGUCCUGCGUGAGUUUUACGGAGAGAGGAUUCAAAAGGUGGUCUCGCUGGAAGAGUGGAUCCAUGCACUUGAAAAGAGCCAGGUUCAUCCUGUGAUGGAUGACAACCCGGCGGUGAAACUGCUUGACACAUAUCGAUCGGUAGCAGAGGGUGCGAAGAUGGGAAUCAAGGCAGCAUCACUGGAUACCACGCGAACUGAGUUUUAUAGCUUGACAAUGCGGCAGAUGGAGGAGGUUUCGCCGGAAUUGAUGAGAAAUUGGUGUGCGCAGUGGCAAUUUUGA